GAUGUUAUAUUAUUAAGAUAAAUAAUUGCGAAACAUAGGGAAAAUAAUACAAAAAUCGUCCGAACUUGGAACAAUUUCAAUAGGCGAGAAAGAGAACAAAGACGACAACAUCGAUGGCAUACCUCGCACGAAACUUGAAGUUAAUCAAGAAUUCCUCGUCCAAAUUUCUGGCAUCUCAAAUCUUUCAAAGAACAGUAGACUCAGAAUGUUCUACUUUAUCUAUUAUCAACAAACUCACCUUUCGUAGGCUCAGUACGUUUCAUUCUUCGAUAUGCUCGUUUCGUUCUUUCGGAUCAGCUGCUGCUGCAUCUGAAGAUGGCAUGGUUGAUCAUAAAGAGUUUCGGAAGUGGAGUAAUGGGGGUGGUUUGUUUCACAAUUCGGCUUGUAUCGAUCCCACAGCAGUUGUCGAAAUUGGUGCUGUUGUCCACCCAAGAGCUACUUUAGGUGCGAAUGUUCAUGUUGGAUCAGGAGCUGUGAUUGGACCUAGUGUCACUGUCGAUCAUUCGACUACACUUGGGUACAAUGUUGCUCUUGGUAACUGCUACAUUGGUGAUUCAUGUGUUAUUCACAGUGGAGUAUGCAUUGGCCAAGAUGGAUUUGGAUUUUUCGUUGAUGAACUUGGAAACAUGGCAAAGAAGCCUCAGACACUUAAUGUAAGAAUAGGAAAUCACGUGGAGAUUGGUGCAAACACAUGCAUUGAUAGGGGAAGCUGGAGAGAUACGACAGUAGGGGAUUACACCAAGAUAGAUAAUCUUGUGCAGAUUGCCCACAAUGUAGUUAUUGGCAAGAGCUGCAUCCUUUGUGGACAAGUUGGAAUUGCCGGUUCAGCAACGAUAGGUGACUAUGUUACAUUGGGUGGCAGAGUAGCAAUCCGCGAUCAUGUCUCCGUCAUUUCAAAGGUCCGUCUUGCAGCAAACAGCUGUGUCACGAAGGACAUUAAGGAGCCUGGAGAUUAUGGUGGCUUUCCUGCUGUCCCAGUGCAGCAAUGGCGAAGACAAGUGGCCGCUCAUCGAUGGAACUGUAAGAAGACAUAAAGAGUACUUGAGAUAACUAUGAUUUACAGCUUCUAACUUGAUGAUGCCUGAUGGAUGCAUGUGUUCUUGGGUUUAAAGAGUUAUCGUGGCUGCAAAUAUCUGAUAUUACGAGCUUCUUGGUGAAGCUGCUAAGGCAAGAGGGGCUAAGAGAGUAAGAGUCUUAGUGGUGAAGAUGCUUCUGAUGCAAUUGUUAUGCUUUUGGUUCUGAAAUCAAGAUAAAAUUGGCUACGCAUAUUUGACUAUUGGUAAUUUCUCUUACACAUUUGAGAUUUAGAACUUAACGUUCCUGAAGCAGGAUUUAACAUGUUCUCUGAGAAACAAAAGUUGUCAGAUGACCAGUUUCUUAUUCUGCAGUUGAUGGGUUUUGUUUAUUAAGAGAGUUAAUCUAGUUUGCCUUGUUUAGAUUCACAAACAAGAAGUACAAUGUACUUUUUAGAAGGAAAAAAAGAUUCUAGUUAUUUCUUUUGUAGAAGGGAUACUGCUAAGUGCUAACACUCUGAGAAUUGUGUACUCAACUCAGUUUUGGGGAUCUUUGAGUAGAGAGUUCGCGUACAAAUUACAAGUAACAGUUAUUUUUGUUUCUUUCACAUAUAAACUGUAAUCAAUAUUUGUUUGCAAGAUUAACGCUUAUUAUCUUGAAGAUAGUUCAAUUACUCAAUUACUAUAAUGUUUUCUGACU